AUGAUAUUAGCCCAAGAAUGAAAAGCCCAGAAAAGUCGUAACAUUCAGCCCAGCCCAUAUCUUUAAGAACAUUCAAAAUGUUAGGGUUUUAGUGUUGUUCGUUCAAAGCGGAAGAGUGGUGUGUGAGGGAGUGCGGCUUAGUUCUCAGUAACCAUGGGUAUCUCACGAGACUCUAUGCACAAAAGGCGCGCCACCGGUGGCAAGCAGAAAACAUGGAGGAAGAAGCGAAAGUACGAGCUUGGCCGUCAGCCUGCUAAUACUAAGAUCUCUAGUAACAAGACAGUCAGACGCAUUCGUGUUCGUGGUGGCAAUGUUAAAUGGAGGGCACUAAGAUUGGAUACAGGAAAUUAUUCAUGGGGUAGCGAGGCUACCACCCGUAAGACUCGUAUCCUUGACGUGGUCUAUAAUGCCUCAAACAAUGAACUUGUUCGCACACAGACUCUUGUCAAGAGUGCAAUCGUGCAGGUGGAUGCAGCACCCUUUAAACAGUGGUACCUCCAGCAUUAUGGUGUUGACAUUGGUAGGAAGAAAAAGGGGGCUGCUGCGAAGAAGGAAACUGCUGAGGAGGGAGAAGGUGCUGCCGCUGAGGAAACUAAGAAGAGCAACCAUGUACUAAGAAAAAUUGAGAAGCGCCAGGCUGAGCGCAAACUUGAUUCUCACCUUGAAGAGCAAUUUAGUUCUGGUAGAUUAUAUGCUUGCAUCUCAUCUCGCCCUGGUCAGUGUGGCAGAGCUGACGGGUAUAUCUUGGAGGGCAAAGAACUUGAGUUCUAUAUGAAGAAACUACAGAAGAAGAAGGGCAAGGCUGCAGCUGCUUAAUUGGAGCUCUUUGAAUUUAGAGGCUAAUUUAUAUGUUUCUUUUUCCUUAAACAAGUUGGUUUUGUGAGGAUAUUUUUCUAUAUUCAGUAUUCUUUAAUCUUACUAUGAGUUGACAUUGACGCCUGAACUACGUUUAUUGUUGGCAUUCAUUACUUGUUUCAGCGUAUUCUGAAUUUUUGGUUGCCAUAUGAACAUAUGCUGCUGGUCGUUCUGGCUGAGUUAGUGUUGCUUUUAUUUCGAUCA